UUUUCCUGGUUGAUGAGCCAGGCUCGUCGGCUGCAGGCUGCCUCCAUUCACCCCGCAAAUCCGUGUCAGUACCACCGAACCAGCCGCUCCCCGUGCAGGAUAAGCCGCACCAGGUCGGUUUGGUGAGCUUCUCCCCCCGGUGCACAGUGAAAGGCCUCGGUUGAAGCAGCCGCUCGUCAUUCCCAGACAUGGAGACACAUGGCAACUCGCACAAGAAGCCGAAGCUCAGCAACGCCGCCGAGAGCUGGGGAAUGCAACGUGCAACUAAUGUCACCUAUCAAGCUCACCAUGUGAGCAGGAAAAAGCGUGGGCAGGUUGUGGGCACCAGAGGGGGAUUCCGAGGAUGCACUGUCUGGCUCACCGGUUUCUCCGGUGCGGGGAAAACCACGGUGAGCAUGGCUCUGGAGGAGUACCUCGUGUGCCACGGCAUCCCCUGCUACACCCUGGACGGGGACAACAUCCGUCAGGGGCUGAACAAAAACCUGGGCUUCAGCCCAGAGGACCGCGAGGAGAACAUCAGACGCAUUGCUGAGGUCGCCCGGCUUUUCGCUGAUGCUGGGCUGGUCUGCAUCGCCAGCUUCAUUUCCCCCUACAGCAGGGAUCGCCUCAACGCCAGGAGGAUCCACGAGGCUGCAGGUCUGCCUUUCUUUGAGGUUUUUGUGGACGCUCCGCUGGACGUGUGUGAACAGAGAGACGUGAAGGGGCUGUACAAGAGAGCCAGAGCAGGGGAAAUAAGAGGUUUCACUGGCAUCGACUCAGAGUAUGAGAAACCCGAGGCUCCAGAGCUGGUGCUGAAAACCGACUCGUGCAGUGUGAAUGAGUGCAUACAGCAGCUUAUUGAUCUACUUCAAGAAAGGGACAUCGUUCCUGUUGAUGCCUCUUAUGAAGUGAAAGAGUUGUACGUGCAGGAGAACAAACUGGACCUGGCAAAGGCCGAUGCAGAGACGCUCCCUGCUGUACAGAUUGGAAAGGUGGACAUGCAGUGGGUUCAAGUGUUGGCUGAAGGCUGGGCCACUCCUCUAAAUGGCUUCAUGAGAGAGAGAGAGUUUCUACAGUGUCUUCAUUUCGACUGCCUGCUGGAUGGUGGAGUGAUCAACCUCUCGGUGCCCGUUGUGCUGCCGGUGUCCACUGCAGAUAAAGAGCGUCUGGACGGCGUGACAGCCAUGGCUCUCGUGUACGAAGGCAGGCGAGUGGCCAUCCUGCGCAACCCGGAGUUCUACGAACACCGAAAAGAGGAGCGCUGCGCUCGUCAGUGGGGCACCACCUGCAAGGACCACCCCUACAUCAAGAUGGUGAUGGAAAGCGGGGACUGGCUGGUCGGAGGAGACCUGCAGGUCCUCGACAGGAUCCGCUGGAACGAUGGACUGGACCAGUACCGACUCAGUCCCACCGAGCUCAAACAGAAGUUUAAAGAAAUGAAUGCAGAUGCCGUUUUCGCCUUCCAGCUCCGCAACCCAGUGCACAACGGCCAUGCCCUUCUAAUGCAAGACACCCACAAACGUCUCAUCGAGCGAGGCUACCGCCGGCCUGUCCUGCUCCUCCACCCGCUGGGGGGGUGGACCAAAGACGACGACGUGCCGCUGCCCUGGAGGAUGAAGCAGCACGCCGCCGUGCUGGAAGAGGGCGUCCUGAACCCAGACAACACCAUAGUAGCCAUUUUCCCCUCACCGAUGAUGUACGCAGGGCCGACUGAGGUUCAGUGGCACUGCAGAGCCCGGAUGGUGGCCGGCGCCAAUUUCUACAUCGUGGGGCGCGAUCCUGCCGGCAUGCCGCACCCGGACACCGGAAAGGACCUGUACGAACCCACUCACGGCGCCAAGGUCCUCACCAUGGCUCCAGGCCUCAUCACGUUGGAGAUCGUACCGUUUAAGGUCGCCGCUUACAACAAGGUGAAAAAAGCCAUGGACUUCUACGACCCGAAAAACCAUCAAGAUUACGACUUCAUCUCAGGCACGCGCAUGCGGAGGAUGGCCCGCGAGGGAGAAAACCCCCCCGACGGCUUCAUGGCACCGAAGGCCUGGGAGGUGCUGAAAGAAUACUACCAGUCGAAGGAGAAGGCGUAAGAGCUGCUGAGUCUGUCCAGAAAACACGGGAACACGGAGGUUUCUACUAAUGUUACUGAUGAAGAAUGUGGGGACCAUUCACUGACUUUUACCCAAAACCUCACCCUGGCUUCUAUCUGUCACUUUCACGGUCAAGCGUCAUUCACACAACUUGUUUUUACUCUCGUCACAUUCGUAUUUUAGCCGUUUGUUCUUUAUUUAACCAAACUUACUGAUCAUGAACUAUAAUAGGGGACGUUUGUGUUACAUUUCAGAAGAAUGAACUUAAAUGUUUGCAAGUAGAUGUGCGUGUUUUUCCACUAACUUAAUGACUUGUAUGUGCAGAUAUCUCGUGUGUGAAUAAAAUCUAAAGAUCAAGCGUCGUAGCGGAGUGUGUGAGCGGUGCUGUUGACCAGUGCUUCGUUAAUCAGGAGUGAAUGUGUCGGCAAAAAAAAUCAAGAAAAUAAGCUAAAUAAGUCCGUCUGACACACUUUUCAGUCGGCUCUAACCGAGCUGCUUUGACCUGCGAGUGUCUGAGUGGAUCAUUCGGUGUGCACGUGAACUGGAGGUGAAAGUUGAGUGCCUUGAUCUUCAGAAAGUCAUUUCACUGGAUGUCUCGUUCGAAUUUGGAAACGCACACACCUGCUUACUUACCACCUGUUAGCAUUGAAGAUGUUUUUAUUGAGAUAGCUUACCACUUUUACUUCUAUAAGAAUCUUAUUUUACAUAUUUUUUUGUUUCCUAACAUUAUCCUAUUCUUUUUUUAAACUGUUGUGCAUGUAGUUUUUUUUGUGUUUUAACCCUACACAGCCUUGGUGUUUUGUUACUUUUACGUUCAUGGCUUCUAAUAUUUUCCAUGUGGUCACUUCAUUUGUAAGAGUUUGCCUGUAUAAUCAGAUGGACGGGGUUUCCUGGGAUCAGAUUUGUAAUCCUACUUGUCCAAUAAAUGUAUUUAGCAAAAAGAA